AUGUCAGCGCUAGGACCACCACCGAUUUACAAGGCCUGCUACUCAGGCGUGCCCGUGUAUGAAUUCAACUGCAAGAAUAUCGCUGUGAUGAAACGCAGGUCUGAUGAGUGGAUGAACGCAACUCAAAUCCUCAAAGUGGCCAACUUCGAUAAGCCACAGCGCACACGUAUCCUCGAGAGGGAGGUUCAGAAGGGGGUACAUGAGAAGGUGCAGGGAGGUUAUGGAAAAUACCAGGGUACGUGGAUCCCCAUGGCCAGAUCCGUUGACUUGGUUAAACAAUACCGCAUUCAACUACUCCUUGACCCAAUCAUCAACUACCACCCUGGUUCUCAGUCCCCUCCGCUAGCUCCCAAGCACGCAACCGCUUCAGGCACCAGAGCACGCAAACAACCCUCCACCGCCCACACUCUCCCCUCCACUAGCAAGGUCUUCCACCCACUCAGCUCUGCUAAGCACCCCGCCAAGCUAGCUGCUGCAACCAAUGCCAAGGCUGAGCUAUCCGACGGUGAAGACGCCAGCAUUCCCAGCUCCCCCUCCUUCAAAUCAAACAGCUCGCGUACUCCUUCCCCCAUCAGAUUCAACGCACGCAAGAGGAAGUUGCCCGACACUCUCAACCCAAACGACACGCCCUCCUCAGUUGCCAUAGAUGGUAGUGUCAGUUAUGAAGAUAUCAUUCUUGACUACUUUAUCAGCGAAUCUACCCAGAUUCCUGCUCUCCUGAUCCAUCCACCUGCCGAUUUCAACCCAAACAUGUCAAUCGAUGACGAGGGCCAUACGGCCAUGCACUGGGCUUGUGCUAUGGGCAAGGUGCGCGUAGUCAAGCUGCUUCUCAGUGCCGGUGCAGAUAUAUUUCGCGUCAACCAUUCUGAGCAGACAGCGCUGAUGCGCAGUGUAAUGUUCAGUAACAAUUACGACAUACGCAAGUUCCCGCAGUUGUACGAGUUGUUACAUAGGUCUACACUCAACCUCGACAAGCACGACCGGACUGUCCUCCACCACAUUGUCGACCUCGCCUUGACGAAAUCCAAGACACACGCCGCGCGCUAUUACAUGGAAUGCGUCCUCGCGAAACUCGUUAACUACCCCGAUGAGUUGGCAGAUGUAAUUAACUUUCAAGACGACGAGGGUGAAUCGGCACUGACGCUGGCUGCCCGCGCCCGCUCAAAACGCCUCGUUAAGCUCCUGCUUGAGCACGGGGCUGACUCAAAACUGCCUAAUAAGGAUGGCAGGACUGCGGAAGAUUACAUUCUCGAAGAUGAACGCUUCAGACAGUCUCCUCUACUCAACUCUAAUCACCUCAGGCUACACCCUCCUGACACUUCCAUCUACGCUCCCCCUCCUCACCUCUUCAGCAGCGAAACUAGCCAAUCGAUUGCUAACACUACGAUGAGCGGCGUCGCUAAUCUCCUUGAAAAUCUCGCUCAGUCUUACGAUAAAGAGAUCACACAGAAGGAGCGCGAUUAUCAACAAGCUCAGGUCAUUCUUCGUAACAUCAAAACUGAUAUCGUUGAAGCCAAGCAGACGGUGGAGAAGAUGACUAUAGAUGGUGGUGAAUUUGAGCAGCUCAAAGCCAAAUUGAAAGGUUUAGAGGGGAGAUUAGAGGAGCAUUCGAUGGAUUUGUAUAAGCGGGGAUGGGCAGAGUAUAACGACAAGAUUGACGAGGGUGGUAAGAUGGACAUGGAUACAUCCAAUCUUGGUAAUGAAAAUGGUGACAAAGACGUUCACUACCAGUGCACCAUCCUCCGCGAACAAAUCAACUCGCUUCACCACAAACGCAUCGCUUCCCUACACGAACUCAUCAAGAGGCAGAAAGAGGUGGGCACGGGUAAGAAAAUGUCGGAAUACCGCAAACUGAUUAGCGUCGGAUGUGGAAUACCCGCCACGGAAAUUGACGGCGUGCUAGAGAUGUUACUCGAGAGCCUCGAGUCAGAGAACAGUAAAGGUGGGAAGGGGGUUGUGAGAGGUAAGGCUGGCAGUGACAAUAUGAGUGGGGGGAGUGCCUCGCCUACCAAACCAGAAACACUAGAUAACGCUCAAAAAACUUUACUCCCUCCAGCACAUGUAAAUAACGCGAAUAACGCGAAUAACGGCCAGUAA